AGCCUGUUCGUCAUCGAUAUAAAAAAGCGACGAUAAAUCCAGCCAAUGCCUCGCUUGGCUUCCAAUUCAGAUCCCUUCACCACUACUAGGAUGCCUCGUGGGAAUACUGCCUCCUCUACCCUUAAGGACAAAUUAAACGCUCGAAUUGAGCAACUUCAACUUCUUUCCGAACAAUCAACGGAAUGGUAUCAACAACAAUCCACAACACGUAAGAUUUUACUACAAAUCCUUGUUGUGCUAGGUGCAAUUGGUGCCUUAGUAGUCUUGAUAUUCCACAACUUGAUUGUGAAGGAAUUGGUAAAGAUGGCUGAUGUUUGGCAACAUUUAUCUCAUGGAAAACUUCUCCUAUUUGUAUUGGUGUUUUUCGUCGGGUUCCCUCCCUUGUUGGGAUUUUCCCCCUUAUCAUUGCUCUGUGGGAUGGUAUAUGGAUUCCCAUAUGGAUGGCCAUUGCUUGCCACUGCUUCAAUCACUGGGCUGUUCGCCUCAUUCCUCGUUUACAGAUAUUUUCUCCAUAACCAGGCAGUUCGGUUGGUUCAAUCUCAUGAAAAAUUUAGAGCAUUUGCUGAUAUUUUGAAAGAAGAUACAAGUAUGAUACUAUUGAUUUUGCUCAGAUUGUGCCCGUUACCCUACUCAUUAUCUAAUGGUGCCCUAGCUGCUAUCCCAGAAUUACCAGCUUGGAGAUAUUUGGCCGCAUCCGUGAUCACAUCCCCUAAAAUGCUUAUCCAUGUAUUUGUGGGUAACAAGUUGAGAGAAUUGGGAGACGAAGAAAAGACAACUGCUACAAAAGUGGUAGAUGUGAUAUCUAUCUUGAUCACUGCGGCAGCCUCGGCAACUACAACUUAUCUUAUAUAUAACAAGAUGCAGCAGAAAUUAGAUACUUAUCACCAACGUCAAAAUGCUGAUGAUGGGGACUACGAUGCUAUGAUCUUUGGGAAUUUUGAUGAAGAUACCGUAUCGAAUGUUGAACUUGAUUCUACAGACUUUGAUGCUGAUAAUUUCGUAAUAGAUGACGAGGAUGAAGAGGAAAACGAAGAUGAACAACGUGACACAGAUACCACACCAAGAAAUAACUACGAAGUCGAAGAAGGGCUCCCAGAGCUUGAUAGCCAUAAGGUAAAGACGAACACAAAGGGAUUUAGAGAUAAUUAGGAUUCAUAUAUUAGUUGACAUUUUUUCGGGACAAUUUUUAGAGGAUAUAGCUAGAAUAUUCAAAUACUACACAUGCACACACACUAUAAUGAGGUGCACUCUGCUACAAUUUGUAAUUAUAAUGGGUAUAUUUUUCUCUUUCUAUAAUUCGGACCUAUGAUACAACCGAGACUCUUCUACUAUAUUACAUGCACAUAACGUGGGACU